AAACAAACCUUGCGUAAUGUCAAGAUAACGAAAAAGAAAAACAAGUUGUAGUUGAAGGACGUUCAUCAUUCUUAAAUGAACUUUAUCCAUAAACAAAAAUCCGUUUAAAUUUAAGUUUUAAACAGUGAAAAAUGAGAAAUUAACAAGAAAAUUAUUGCAUUAAACAAUCUUUAUUACCUUUAAAUUAAUAACACAGAAAACUUAAUAUAAUUUCAUUAUCAAUUUUUAAUGUUUUAAAAGUUAUGUUUACAACUCAUAACUAUAUAAUUAAAAAAAGUAAGAGAUUAAAGCGUUAUGGACAGAAAAUGUACUGAAUAAAAGUAUAAUUUAUUAAUUCAUUAACAGUAUAUAAAUAAUUAACACCUGUAUAAAUUAUUAAUUAUUUAGGGGUAUGAAUUAUUUCAGGGGUAUAAAUAGAAAUCAAAAGGCAUAAACUCGAUGGCCAUCUUGGUUACUUGCCUAACUAGUGUUUAAUGAAUACAGUCUACAACGCAUGCGUGUUAUCAGUAACUUAUAUACUUGACCGAUAUUCAAAAAACACACAGUAUCUUCCUGGAGCCAUGCAGAACGGACGAAAGAAGGUUGCUAUUAUAGGAGCGGGUGCAAGUGGACUAACCUCAAUCAAAGCUUGCAAAGAAGAAGGGUUCGAUAUCGUUUGUUACGAAAAAACUAACGAUAUAGGAGGCCUCUGGAGGUAUCGAGACGAAGAUGUAGAAGGUUUAGCAUCCGUGGCACGUUCUACUAUCAUUAACAGUAGCAAGGAGAUCACGGCUUUCAGCGACUUUCCUCCACCCAAGCAUUUCCCCAAUUACAUGCACAACUCCAUGAUGAUCAAGUACUUGGAGCUAUAUGCUGAGAAAUUCGAAUUGGUCCAGUAUAUUAAAUUUAGACACGAAGUGUCAUCGGUAACACCCUCGAAUGACUACGAAUACACUGGAAGAUGGAAGAUACGAGUUAAGGAUUUGUUAAAUGGGGUGGAAAUACAAGAGGUAUUCGAUGCAGUCAUGGUUUGUAAUGGUCAUCACGUGUAUCCGUUAAGACCCAUUUUCCCGGGUGAAGAUGAGUUCGAGGGGAGGAUCAUACACACUCAUAGUUAUAAAAAACCCAAUGGUUACGAUGAUAAAAAGGUGCUGGUUAUAGGUGUUGGGAAUUCUGGAGGUGAUGCCGCUGUGGAACUCAGUAGUGUCGCUAGUAAAGUAAGUAUUGAGGGUGUAACUAGCAAAGAGAUCACGGCUUUCAGCGACUUUCCUCCACCCAAGCAUUUUCCCAAUUACAUGCACAACUCCAUGAUGAUCAAGUACUUGGAGCUGUACGCUCAGAAAUUCGAAUUGGUCCAGUAUAUUAAAUUUAGACACGAAGUGUCAUCGGUAACACCUUCGGAUGAUUACGAAUCCACUGGAAGAUGGAAGAUACGAGUUAAGGAUUUGUUAAAUGGGGUGGAAUUACAAGAGGUAUUCGAUGCAGUCAUGGUUUGUAAUGGUCAUCACGCUUAUCCUUUAAGACCUAUUUUCCCGGGUGAAGACGAGUUCGAGGGGAGGAUCAUCCAUACUCAUAGUUAUAAAAAAUCAAAUGGUUACGAUGAUAAGAAGGUGCUGGUUGUAGGUGUUGGGAAUUCUGGAGGUGAUGCCGCUGUGGAACUCAGUAGUGUCGCUAGUAAAACAACUACCCCGAANGUGGUGAUUAAAGGGCCAAUUAAACGCUUCGUUAGAAACGGGGUCAUCUUCGAAGGGGAUGAUUUCGUCACGGAAGUAGACGAAGUCGUUCUAGCUACCGGCUACGUCAUCAAAUUCCCAUUUCUUUCCGAAGAUAUCGUAUCCGUUAAGGAUAAUAAAGUAGAGUUGUAUAAAUACGUGAUACCACCCCAGCUUAAACACAGGACACUAGGAGUGAUCGGAUUGAUACAGAUCGUCGGGGGUCUGUUUCCGAUUUCGGAGAUCCAAGCCAGAUGGUUUGUUAAAGCUAUAAAAGACGAGGUGGAUCUACCUUCUACUCAAGGAAUGUACGACGAAAUCAAACGAAAUUCCGAAAUGAUGAGGAAACAAUACUUCGAUGGACCGCGACACACCAUACAAGUAGAUUACGUGGAUUACUUGGACGAUUUGUCUUCCAUGAUGGGAGCCAAACCGAAUAUGUUGAAUAUGUUUUUCACGGAUUUCCCACUAUUUUGGGCAUGUUUUAUGGGACCGAAUCUUCCGUAUCAGUAUCGUUUGCAAGGGCCACACUCGUGGGUAAAUGCGAGACAUUCUAUACUUCGUUAUAGAGAGAGGGUGGAUGCUGCAUUCAAGACACGUUACUUUCCUCCGGAAACGAGUGUAGAAAAAACUCUACUGAGAUAUAUUUUUGGGUCUUUCAUGACUUUUAUCUUCGCUCUUUUGUUUGUUACUGUGACAUUUUAGCUAAGACGUCUCAAACUCUUGUAUUUUAAAAAAAUUCAAUUUAUAAUACAAAUAUAUCCCAAAGUAAUUGUUAC